AUGGGGACCACGAUGGAGACGCUCACCAUCCGUGCUGGUGGUGGUGGUCAAUCUUCCACGAUUGCGAACGAUACAUCUCUGUUGCCGUUCUCAGAAUCUGUGCUGUCACAUCUCGUGUUGGCUUAUAAAGACGCACGCUUCCAAGAUGGCCAGAACUUCUUUGACCAGUCAGAGUUCCUGUCUUAUAUGGCAUCCGGCAUGUCCAGCGCCAUGGCAGCACCAAAGAACAAUGACCUCAGCUAUCCCCUCUCCUCGUACUUCAUUAGCUCAAGCCAUAACACAUAUCUCUCAGGCCAUCAGUUGUACGGCGAAGCCAGUGUGGACGGGUACAAGAAUGUCUUAAGACGUGGUUGCAGGUGCCUAGAAAUUGACGUAUGGGAUGGUGACUGUGAUUCAGACACGAGUAGCUCAUCAGAUGAGGAUGAGCAGGGCAGCACAAAGGGCAGGAAAAGGUCGGACUCAAAACCGUCCCGCUGGAAUCGGGUAAAGGCUCGUGCCUCGAGAAUGCGCUCUCGCUCCCGAUCCGGGUCCCAGCUGAACAAUGGCCCUGUUUUAGAUCAAGUUCCAGCUGCUCACGCUCCUGGCACUGCUGAUGGCGCUGCCGCAGAUCGCUCCGCUAAAGGGUCGAGCUUGAGUCCGAACUACCUGGCCCCCCAGCCCUCAGCAUCCUCCAAUCCCAGAAGUGAGCCUCGAGUUCUCCACGGCUACACACUCACACAGCCUAUAACCUUCCGCUCGGUUUGUGAAUCUAUCAAGGAGACGGCGUUCUUGACCAACGACCUGCCCUUGAUCGUUUCGCUCGAAGUUCAUGCCUCUCUUUCUCAACAGGAGAUUAUGGUGGAUAUCGUGAGGGAGGUCUGGUCUGGACUGUUGGUAGAUAUCGACAGGAAAAAAGACAUUUCGGUCCUCCCGUCACCGGAGCCGCUGAAGCGGACCAUUUUGAUCAAGGUUAAGUGGACUACUGACCCAGACACCGGCGAAUCCGUCCAUCCAGUCGACCAAGUGGAAUCCAAUUCAACCCAAGGCAGCACAGGAGCCACGACGACUAGCUCCUCGGACAAGAAAAAGAAGGCGUCGAAGAUCCUGGCGGCUCUUUCACACCUUGGUGUUUACACCCGGGCUUACAGCUUUAAGCACUUCAAACAGCCAGAAGCGUCCAUCCCUUCGCACGUCUUCAGCUUAUCCGAGAACAAGGUGCUGUACAUGCACUCGGACCCAUAUGAUGGUCCUGCUUUGUUUGAUCACAACAAGAAGUAUUUGAUGCGGGUAUUCCCGAAGGGAACCCGUAUAAGCAGCUCAAAUACCGAUCCGACUUUCCACUGGCGUCAGGGUGCGCAAAUGGUGGCCCUGAAUUGGCAGAAGCUCGACAAAGGCAUGAUGCUUAAUGAGGGUAUGUUCGCAGGUACCAAAGGCUGGGUACUGAAACCGGAAGGCUACCGUUGUAACAAAGCGAAUUCCAACGAAGCAAAUGCUAUGGACCGUGCAACCACGGCAAUACAGCCCAAGAAGCAAUAUCUCGAUCUGGAAAUACGCCUCCUUGCAGCCCAAAGGCUACCCCUGCCGGCCGGCAAGGAUACUGCCAAUGCCUCUAGGAUGAAGCCUUACGUCAAAUUUCAGCUCCAUGUCGACACCCAUGGCCCUCCAGGGCAAGGCAAAGGUUCGACUGGUCUAAACCAAGCACAAGCUGAGAUGGAUUCAGGUAGCGGUGAUGAACCCGACGAGAAAUACUACAAGCGUAGGUCCGCAACGUCCAAAAGUGACUCUCCUGAUUUCUGCAACGAGAAGAUAAGCUGGCUGGGAGUUUCAGAGGUCGAGGAGGAGCUCAGCUUUCUCAGAGUGAAAGUAAUGGACGAUCGAUCGAUCAGCAAGGAUGACCUUCUCGCGUGGGCUUGCAUCCGUCUCGACCGUCUCCAGCCGGGUUACCGAUUUAUCCAUCUGUUGGACUCGACAGGCAUGCCGUCAAGGGGAGCUCUGCUUGUGCAUGUUUCCAAAAUUUUGGUUUGA